AUGAUACCAUACCUGCCGGGGUGCAACAACGGCGACCGAGAAUCUGCACGGCAGGACAGCGGCCGUCGCCGCCGCGCCCACCCCACCCGGAAGGGCACGGGCCGGCCCGCUAAGCAGCAGCAGCAGAAGCGGCGGCACUGCACUGCUAGCCGCAUUCAAGGCCGCCGCGGCGGCGGCGAGAGGUUGUCCCCGACGCAGCGCUGUCCCAGUCCCCCGAGCGUGCCACCGACGCCCCCGCUGAGCUCCGCGAGAGACAGGGUCAAGGUGCGGCCACGUCUUCGGCGGCAGGCAUCUCAAGGCCCGUUGUCCGCCGGCCUGAUCCCGGCACAGUCGGCGAUGGAGAGGCUGCCGCUGCUGUUGGUCUUCGCGGUCGCCGUGCAGGCGGCGGUGCGCGAGAGGGAGGACCCGCCGUCGGCGGGCUGCCAGCUGGGAGCCAAGCUGUUCGGCCACGGGGCCCAAGUGCCGCGCUCGGACCCCUGCGAGCGCUGCCUCUGCUUCGCGGCGCAGGUCAUCUGCUGGCAGGAGCGGUGCCCCAACCAGACCAAGGCCGGCUGCCGCGAGCGACGGAUGCCCGGCGUCUGCUGCCCGGCGCUGGAGUGCAGUGACGCGCCCGCGGCCGAGAAAGCAGUGCCGGCCGUUGCUGCAGCCGCAGCAGCAGCACCCGAUCCAAUCCGAGCCGAGCCGGCCGUCGUGGAGGCCGCCCUUCACGAAGGGCAGCCACACUCGGGGCAGCAGGGCUGCGUCCUGGGCGGACAGCGGUUCGCGGUGGGCGACCUGGUGCCCCGGGCCUCGGGUCCCUGCAUGCAGUGCCGCUGCGCCGACGGGCCCCGGCUUCUGUGCCGGGCCACGCCGUGCGGGGGGCCCGUCAUGCUGGGCUCGUCCUCGCCUCGCCGGCCACCGCCGCCGACGCACACCGUGCGCCGGGUAACACCCACACUGGUGCUGCCCUGACGACGCACAUCGGCACGUCGGUCGGCGUCCAGGGAGUCAUCCGCAGUUCUCGAAACUCACCGGUUGCCACCCCUAAAUCCGGUCAUAACCCACGCCCUUCUUCUUGGACACUAUUUCAAUCAAGAAACAGAAAGCGAACUGCAGGUGUUCAUCUUAGGGUCACCACCAUGAAGUUGACGGCUGUUCCACAGUCGUCGCGGCAAGGCGCUGACAUCGAAAUCUGAACACGUAUGCUAACGCUGGUCAUUGGGACGAGCAGAACUUACAGGGAGUUUCACAGAUGGUAUGACAAGGGAACAACGCUGACCGUUACGACCACGCAGCUUCCGACGAACGCUCGCAGCUACAUCUUCCGCGACGUUCCAUAGGCGCGGAUUGUAGCAUUACAUCCCUUGACGCUUCAAUGCUUGCGUGAUCCGAAAUGUUAGUACUGAAAAGGAGCUUCAAGGUGGUACGGACUCGAAGCCGUGCGGUGCGAAAUAUCAACGUGGUGGUUCUUGUCCCCGCUAUACUACCGCAUGUCUGCACCUUGAAGGCGGGCAUCCUGUUAAACGCGUUAAGAUAGAGGAAGCGACCUGUUUCACUUUAGUUUCAGUCUGUAUGCUUUGAAGAAUUUGUAAUUGCAAGAAAUCUAUCUGCUCGCCAGUUUUUUGUGCAUCAAAUUGUAGGUCGCGAUUUUCUUGUCCCAGGCUUCUAUUCUCCGAAGGAGACCUGAGCAGGUAUCUGAUGACGAGUUUUCAAAUUAAGCGGGCGUAGUGCUCAGAAAUGGACAAACCAGUUCCGAAGAAACACGAGUGUCGCAUCAAGAGUUUGCAAACUGUCAUGAGAGCAUGCUGAAAUGUCGACGUGAUGUUCCGAACUACGCUGGCAGUUGCGCUCGCGGACGUUUAGCUGACAGCAAACCUCGGAUUCACUCAGAUCUUCCAAGAUAGCUACGCCGUUUAUGAGAAAGUAAGUGUCUACCGUUCAGGCGGGAAAAUGUCAUUUGCGGAGCAGUCCUCCGCUUGAAUGUAAGAAAGUAUAAAGUGUACAAUAUUCUGUUUAAAAAAAAACGCAGAAAGAACGAGCGGUAAAUGACCGGCGGCAAACCAAGUAUCGCAUUCAUGCAUCAUGUGUAACUCAAAUCAGCGACUCGUAAGAUCAUUCUCAUGAACACGCGAUAUCAUCCCAACUUGUCAUGGAAGUGCGGUUCCGUGAUUAAGUGUAUAUUAUUUUAUUGCCGUUACACUGAAACCACACCAGGCCGUCUUUCACCUCGUCCCAAAGGCAUCCGCUUCCGAGCUCUGACCGUUUCCACACCGUCCAGAGAGUUAGAGAUUGAUCGAUUGAAACAUGCCCCAAAGUUGGCCUUCUUCAGAGUACACUGGUCGUGAACGUAACCAGUAUUAGACAUAAUUCGGUUCAGUAAUGGUGAUGAUGCCGCAACGGUCAGCCCACAUCAAUGCCAGACUACUCAACGUGAAUGCGCGGGCAUGUAGUAGUGCUGGCAGCUGGCGGCAAAUGUUUAGCUGGCGAUGACCGCGAAUGUCGUCGGUCGAGAACUGCGCUGGUACCGGCCGCAGUACCGAGAUGUGGGCAUUCGAGUCGGCGGAGAGAACGUACCGUUUUUUCCUCCGCAGAUGUUGUGGCACGGCUCCCUAUACCUAAGCUAUCUAAUAAAACAAUAAACUGUACCACCA